GGGGUGGGGGUGUGUGUUCGAUGUUGGGGGUUUUAUGACAUCACCAGGUUAAAGUACCCAAUCAGCUUGCGCUCUGGAGAAAAUUAUUUCAUGGGGUGUUUCCUAUAAUAUACUGUACUUCCAAGUCUGUCUUGAAGAAAGAAGCCAAAGGGGGGUGGGGGAAAGGUGGACAUGACAAGGAUUUUGGUGUGCAACCUGGGUGCUUUUAAAAACCUCUUUUACGGGUUGUGGUUUUUUUUUUAACGUGUGUGCUACUGUCUCUCUUUUUCUUCGGCUGUGGAGACUUCGUUGGUUUUAAAGAUCUAUCUGCAAAUUCAAAGGAGAGCUUUUUUUUUAAAAAAAGAGGCAUGCUGAGAGGGGGGAGAUUCCUUGUUUCUUCCCUCCCUCCCCUCCCCACCAAACACACACCGCUGGACUAAGAUAGGAAAGGUACCAGGAGGAGGAGGAGGAGGGAAAGGACCAUGGCAAGACCACAAUCUUCUCCUUUGCAACCCUCUCUGGAUUUCUAGAGUGGAGCAAGAAAGAAAGGCAGCGAGAAAAGGCGGCUCUGGAGCCUCAAGGGAUGCCUUCCAAAGGAAAAUUCAUCACUCAACGGCGGCGGGUUGAUUUUGGGGGGUAGGAGGGAGCAUGAGGAGGGGUUGGGAGAGGAACCCCUCUUUCUAGCUGCCCCCUCGCUGGUGGCUGCGAAGCCCCCCCCCUUUUUUUACGAAUAAGCAGAUAAACAAACAUGUUCCUGACCUGCGGGAUGGCUCCUGCCGCCGCCACCGUGGAUUACAAUGGAGAUUUCCAAGCUGGCUACCAGGAAAUCGACGGCAUCACUUUGGGCUACUUGCAGAUCAACGGCACGCGGAUGUUCGCCCUGACGCAGGUCUUCAGCGACCUGUUUAAGGACAUCCCGAGGGCCACCGUGAGCAAGAAGAUGGAAAGCCUCAAGAUCCAGAGCCGCCGCUGCGACCUGAAGGAGCUGCGCACCCUCAAAGCCAUCCAGUCCGUGCCAACGCGCGCCGUCAAGUGCUCGCUCAUCUCCAAGGCGGACCUGGAGGCCCUCUGCACCUCUUGCAAGGCCCUGGCCCCCAGGAAGAGGAAGAGGAAGAGGAAAAGCAAGAGGAGGGAAGCCGGGGACCUGUUCAACCGGCCCCGGUUACUUCCCGCGUACAGCGCAGCCGACGGCGCCUUUCGCGCCAACGUGGGUGCCGGCUGCGCCAAACGGGACGCGCUCUUAGGGGCCCCGUUUGCCAGAGGCUACGAGAAAGCCGCGCCGCUGCCGAAGAGCUACAGCCGCAGCGGCCGAGAGCAGCUCCUGGCCGGCGUGCUGAGCGCUUACCCCGGCGACUUGCAGCUCCUCCACUCGGCCGUCAGGGCGCACGGCACCGGCCAAGCGCCCGGCGAGGCGGAGGCCGGGCGCACCAAGCGCUCGGCUUGCGGGUGCCUCGGCAAGGAGAAGGGUCGCUCGGCAUCCUUCGCGGGCCCCAAGAGGCAAGGCACGUCGGCCGGCUACUCCAGCGACUCGGAUUCCAGCGGCGCGUCCAGCCCGGCCAGCUCCAGCGACUCCUCGGAAGAGGACGACGACGACGACGACGAAGAGUCAUCUUGCAGCAGCGAAGAAGGCAGCUCCUCCGGCUCGGAAAGCAGCUCCCUGUGUAGCGGGGACUCGGUGCAGAGUACCCGCUACAGGCAGGCGGCGCUUCCUCGGAUCCCACCCCAAGCUGCCUCCCCUCAAGCCCUCUCUGGCGUAGCCAAAGCCUUGCGCCCUGACCCGAACUUACUCUUCUGGGCCAGGACGCUGCGCGCCUCCACUUUGGAAAGUUUCAAGCCGGCUCCUACCACCGUGCCAAAGGUGCCCCCGCGUGAGGACCCGGAACCCCGAGUAAAGCAGGAGGCGAGGAGCUCUCCCGUCUUCCCUGCCCGUCCCAGCAGCCCCAGCGAGGGCCCGCAGCCAAAGCGAGGCUUUCGGGAAGCUUCGGAGUUGCGCGCCCCGGAGCGCGAAGACUUCUCCAAGGACGCCGACUUCCUUUGCUCCAGUGAGGACCUCCACGUUGGCGAGCCGGACAAGGCUGAGGAAUCAGCUCUGCACCAGGACUCCAAGGAAGGGUCGGGGAGGGAAGCUCAAUUCGACAGGCUUAUCCGGCAGUCCAAGCUGUGGUGCUACGCCAAAGGCUUCAAUGUGGACGGGAAAGGUUUGCGCAGGGCCGAGCAGGCCAAAGGGAGUUCCUCCGCCUCCAGAGCCGGCCUCCUCAGCCUGGCCAAAAGCGGCAGCGACUUAGAAAGGAACGCUAAACGCAGGCGUGCCGAGCAGGAAAGGCAGGCCAAAGGGAGGCCCCCAAAGAUUUCGAGGAAGACGACCAAAAAGGGGGCCACGCCGCCUUGCAAACGCUUGCUCCACACCAGCCCGGCUCCCGCCAGGAAUCCGUUUUCUUUGAUGGGUACCUUUCCCUGUACGCCCGCUUUGGUCGUCGGCUCUGAUGGGGAUCUGUGUCCUGCGUCCUCUCUGUGCGUAAAAGACUCGUGCGCCCUCUCCAAAACGCACCCGCUUUGGACCUGGCAGCUGGGGGGCAAUGCCAUCCCCGUGCCCCCCAGCCUGAAAUUCCGGGGAUACCGUUUAGAGGACUUCUAGAUGGAGGAUAUAAGCUGGUUUACGUGCAACAGGUUGACUUUUUUUUUUUUUUUUUUGAUGGGGGACGAAGCGAAUUGAAUAUGUAGCCAAAAAAGAGAUGGAGAAUCUGAUAUUGCAAUCUCAAAAAAAAUAUUUACUCGGCUGUAACAUUUUUUGUUUCAGUGGCCUUUAAUUCCAAAUAAGUGUGUUGGUGACAGCAGCUUGUGAUCUUAAAACACAGUUUCUUAGAAGUAGGUUCUACUGAAAUCAGUGGAACUUAUUUUCAAGUGAAUGUGUUAAAUAGGGUAGGAAGAGAUCCGACUUUCCAAUCAUGAUUACUUUUUUUUUUAACCCUCAAGGAUGCCUUGUCAAAUGGAAUUUCUGGCAUUCCUUUACUUUAAAAAGAACAAAAGCUUUGUUUUAAAGAGCUUUCUCAUUCCUCACUUUCUUCAAAAGAUCCCACAACUUCUGAAAUGUUGAAAUUUGAACCUUGGUUGGAAGUAGGCCUCAAGUGUGGAGUAACUGAUGAUUUAAAAUGAAAAAACAAAACAAAAA